CCAUUUUUCUCACACCAAACUUUGUCACAAUAUCAAAAAAGUCGCCAUUAACAAACUCAAGCUUCAUACUUUCGAAUACCCAUUUGCCCACUACUCUCUCUCUCCACUCUCUUUGGAAUCUCCUCCAACUUUUUCUGCUUUAUUCUUCUUCUUCCUCAAAGACUUUUUCUGUCACCUUUUCUGGAUAUCAACAAUCAUGAGGACUGCCUUCUGCAAAUCUCCAUCUCCUUCCAGAGCUUUAAACGCCACUCCACCGGUAUCUCCGCCGCGCCAUACUUUCUCUGAUACUUUAAUGGAGGAAAACAUCGAAAACGCCGAAGGAAUUAUCAAGAGAUGGAGUUCGGAGAGCUCCGUUUCUUCUCACUGCAACGUCGAAUCUCUUUUCAACAUCAACAAUCGCCAUGAAGCUACCAGCUUCAUUAAAUCCGUCGCAGAUCUUCAAUCCGCCAUGCGCUACUACGUUUCCGAAAAUCCCGGGUCUGAGAAGCUCGUUCGAGCGCAGAUCCUCAUGCAGGCAGCGAUGAAGAUAUUGGAGAAGGAGUUUUACCAGAUGUUGAAGGCGAACCGGGCACAUCUUGACCCGGAAUCUGUCUCGACCCACUCCUCCAGAAUUUCAAGGUCAAGCGGUAGCUUAUCAGAUUUCGAAGAUGAUUCUGACGACGAUCUCUCUCGGGUUUCCGAUAGGGAGAGCGCUUCGGCGUUUAUGACGAAUCGAGCAAUGGCGGAUUUGAAGACGAUUGCUGACUGUAUGAUAUCGGCGGGCUACGCGAAGGAGUGCGUGAAGAUUUACAAAAUUAUUCGAAGAUCAAUUGUUGAUGAAGCUCUGUAUGUGUUGGGAGUUGAGAGGCUGACCUUCGCGCAGAUUCAGAAGCUGGACUGGGAUGUUCUCGACGGGAAGAUCAAGAACUGGUUGAACGCCGUGAAAGUUGCCGUCAAAACACUUUUCUUCGGAGAGAGAUUGCUUUGUGAUUACGUCUUCUCCUCUUCUCCGGGGAUUGGAGAAUCCUGUUUCUCGGAAAUCACAAAAGAAGGAGCUCUUACUCUGUUUGGCUUCCCAGAAAAUAUAGCGAAAUGCAAGAAAACCCCCGAGAAAAUGUUCCGCACACUCGAUCUCUACGAGGCAGUAUCUGAACUCUGGCCGGAGAUUGAGUCAAUAUUCUCUUUCGAGACCACCGUUACAGUCCGGACCCAAGCCGUCAACUCGCUUCUCAGACUCGGUGACGCCGUACGUACAAUGUUAACAGACUUCGAAGCAGCAAUUCAGAAAGAUUCGUCGAGAACGCCAGUUCCCGGCGGAGGAGUCCACCCGUUAACUCGCUAUGUCAUGAACUACCUAGCUUUCCUCGCCGAUUACAGCGGGGAGAUCGCCGAUAUAGUCGCCGAUUGGCCACUCACGUUACAGUGCCCGUUACCGGAAUCUUACUUCGGCAGCCCGGAUUCCAACGACGGCGUUUACUCAUCGCCGGUUUCCGUCCGCCUGGCAUGGCUCAUCCUCGUCAUGCUCUGCAAACUCGACGGCAAAGCCGAAAUCUACAAGGACGUUCCACUCGCCUACCUUUUCCUUGCCAACAACCUUCAAUACGUCGUCGUAAAAGUCCGGACCUCUAACCUCAGGCUCCUCCUCGGCGACGCCUGGCUUUCCCGCCACGAAGCCAAAGUAAAACAAUACGCCGCCAACUACGAGCGCAUGGGCUGGGGCAAGGUGCUGACGUCACUUCCCGAGAAUCCUGACAUUCCGCUGGAGCAGGCUAAGACUCGGUUCAGGACCUUCAACGCAGCGUUUGAGGAAGCGUACAAGAAGCAGAGCUCGUGGGUCGUACCCGACUCGAAGCUCCGAGAUGAAAUUAAGCUGUCGUUGGCGAGGAAACUGGUUCCGACAUACCGGGAGUUCUACGAGCGUUACCGGGUCGGGUUGAAGAAGGAGACAUGGUCAGAGUCGUUGGUCAGAUUUGCCCCCGACGAUCUGGGGAAUUACCUUUCCGACCUUUUCUUUGGAAACGGCGGGCCCGGGAGCGUCUCGUCAUGUUCUUCGGCAUCUUCGUCCCCAGGACACUCGAGAGGUGGCCGUAGUAAUUGAGACGAGUUUUUGGGUUUAGUACGGGAAUUAAUCGCCGGCCAAACACGAUGGGACGUUACUUUUAGCCGUCAUAUAUUUUGUGGAUAAAAGUAAUUUGGACCAAUAUGAAUUAUUUAUUAUUAAUCACGUGUAUACAGACGUUGUUACGGGAUAGAGAAAUACAAAAUUCUUUGAUUCUUUAGGGAUUUAA